AAAAUCUCAUCGAUUCGCUCUGCCUUAUCGAUAAUCGCGUGCGACCUGUAUGUCAAAACCACGUCAUUGUUUUGAUGGACGAGAAGGGAAGUCUUAUCUCUGAGAAAUAAAGGCAAUUAUUUACAAAUUAUCGUAAUAAGGCGUGAUAGUGACUCACCUGUUCACCCACCAAACUUCCCCGGUUAAAGUGCAGCACUUUUUAUCACUGACCGUAGUGACAAACAGAGUUUAAUCUCGCAGUUGGUAUAUUGCUUAACCAUGACUGUGAUGCGAAAGCGAAUGUCUCUGGUGAUUUUCAUCGUGACAAUUAUGACGAUCUGGGGCGCUUUUGGGCUUCCAGUGACGCCCAACAAGAAGGCUGACGAGAAGAAAGAGGAAGUGCCAGAGGUGAAAAAGCCACGAUAUGAGGAGGAGUACGAUCCCAAUGAUCCACGAUCGAAUCUUGAGAACGUCCUUGAGUAUCAGAAUUACUUGAAGGAAGUUGUGAGUGUUCUGGAGAGUGAUCCAGACUUCAGGGAGAAGCUUAACAAUGUGGACGAGGUGGAUAUACAGAAUGGGAAAAUUGCCCAUGAACUGGAAUAUGUGAAUCAUCGCGUGAGGACAAAGCUGGAUGAGAUUAAGCGAACGGAACUUGAAAGACUGCGUCAAUUAGCCAUAAAGCAGUACGAGAUGACGAAUGACAUCGACAGGGAUCAUCUGAAGAUCCCUCAGCACCUUGAUCACUCGAAUCAGUACACAUUUGAGGUGGAGGACCUGAAGAAACUUAUCCACAAGGCGGGAAACGAUCUUGCUGAGGCGGAUCGUCUAAGGCGGGAGGAGUUCAAGAGAUAUGAAAUGCAGAAGGAGUUCGAGAAGCAGGAGGCACUGAAGACGAUGGAUGAGGAGCACAAGAAGCAGUACGAGGAGAAUCUGAAGAAGAUGAAGGAGAAACAUAAUAAGCAUGACAAGGUGCAUCAUCCGGGCGGAAAGGCGCAACUGGAAGAGGUGUGGGAAAAACAAGAUCAUAUGGAAGGACAGGAUUUCGAUCCCAAGACUUUCUUCAUGAUGCACGAUCUGGAUGGAAAUGGAUUCUGGGAUGAGUUGGAAGUGAAGGCGCUGUUUGUGAAGGAACUAGACAAAGUGUAUCAAGCAGGAGUGCCUGAAGAUGAUAUGAAGGAGCGCGCAGAGGAAAUGGAAAGGAUGCGAGAGCAUGUGUUCAAGGAGGCGGACGUGAAUAAGGAUAAUCUUAUCAGCUAUGAUGAAUUCUUAGAGCAGACAAAGAGAGAUGAAUUUAGGCGUGACGAAGGAUGGGACACUGUUGACAAUCAGCCUCAGUACACGCAUGAAGAGUAUCUUGCGUUUGAGCGAAAGCGACAGGAGGAGAUUCAGCGUCUCAUAGCGCAGGGGGUUUUGCCUCCGCACCCAAAUAUGCCACAGGGAUACUAUCCAGGACCCCAGGGACCUUAUCAAGCGCCUCAGCAUCCCAAUCAAAUGCACCCUAAUGCCAUUCCUCAGCAUCCCAAUCAAAUGCAUCCUAAUGCAAUUCCUCAGCAUCCCAAUCAAGCGCAUCCUAAUGCCAUUCCUCAGCAUCCCAAUCAAGCGCAUCCUAAUGCCAUUCCUCAGCAUCCCAAUCAAGCGCACCCGAAUGCCAUUCCUCAGCAAAUGCCACCAAACGUGCAUCCAAACGCGAUUCCACAGCAAAUGCCACCGAAUGUGCAUUCAAACGCGGUUCCACAGCAGCCAAAUUCCGCCAACUUCCAGCAACCGCCGCCACAACAAGUCUCCGGGGUGGGUCAGAAGCAACCCAUGCAGCCGAUGGUGAAUCAGAUUCCUCCACAGGCGUCUCCACCAGCUCAACAGCCCAACAAGGCGUAAAACUCUCUUCGGCUUAAAGAGCCACAUUUUCUCCCAUAACCCAGAACAAAUCAGCAUUUUCAAGACAGCGAAGUCAGGUAUUUACAUAAAUAAAUAAAUAAAUUUCUACCAGGAGUCAUUUAAGCAGCGAUACACUGAAUCUUUUAUUUUUCUUUACAAAGAAAAUUGCUUUUAAAUACUCUUCUCAGCGGUCAGUGACACAGAAAAUAUCUCUAUUUGUUCUUCUCUAAGUCUAAAAAAUACAUUGAACUGCACUGGAAACAAUAUGUUUGGGUGAUUAAGUGUGUUAAGUACAAAAAUUAACAAUAGAAUUUAGCAAAAAUUAUGUGAGUGUCCAAAAUCACAGAUACUGUCCAUCUUAUUGGAUCUCCUGUGCCACAGUUCUCCGCUUGUCCACAAUAAAAUCUCUCUAUCUUUCUCCCCAGCCUUAUUGUUUAUACACUUAAACAUUAACUUGAUUGUAAAACGAGGAUUACAAACGACAAAAUAGUAAAAAUUGCUUCCUUGCACGACAUUCAACUGA